AUGCUCGUGGUACACACUAGCACUUCCAGCCUCUGUACAGAGCACCGGAAACCAGCAGCACCACCAACUUCACCUGCUGUGACAAGACCACUUUUCAACAAGCUCGAUACCAUUCGCCAGAUUGAAGAGGCUCACAUCCUCCAUUUGUCUCGCCAAGUGGAAGUUGGCAAGACAUUAUUUCCUGACGAAAAGAUCAGUCUACACUCCGUCGCAGGUGGUGGUGUGGCUGCUCUCACUACACCUGAUCUCGGCCAGCAAUUAAACCGCACACUUGGCCUUGGCAUGAAAGGACAAGUCACCGAGGAUGAUCUUUCUGAUAUCGAGGAUCUCCAUGCUAGGGCGAAUCUGACCCCUUCUAUUUUGCUCUGCCCCUACGCCGACCAAAGCGUGCUUGAAGCCCUCGCCACACGAGGCUAUGUGGUUGACGGAUUCCUCAAUAUCUAUGCUCGGUCUCUACAAGGAAUCCAUGUUGAUUUUGACCCAAACGUGGAUUUACCGGCUGAGUUUCCGUUCGGAUCCAACAUGCUUGUCUGCCGAGCCCCGGCCAAUGAUACCGCGGUGGGGACAUUUGUCCGCGCCUCGGUUGCUGGAUUCAAAGGCGACGGCCGCUCAGAUGAGGUCUUACGGAGUUUAGCAGAGACAGCAACGUUGAGAACCGAUACCAAUUUGUAUUUUGGCAAGAUUGACGGGAGAGUCGCCGGGUGUGGGGCUAUGGCGUUGAUGGAGACAAAAUACGGCCGUGUCGCACAUCUCUACAUUGAUAGUACGACGCCACAUUUCCGCGGCCGUGGAGUUCAACAAGCAUUAAUCCGGGCUCGGCUCAUCGAUGCCAAACGCCUAGGAUAUGACUUUGCUACAAUUCAUGCUAAGCCGGGGAUUGGAACAGGCCGAAAUGCAGAGAAAGAAGGGUUUGGACUUGCCUUUACCAAGCCGAUCCUCACCAAGCGAUCGACUUGA